AGAAAUACCAUAUGCGGCCGCAAUAAUGGAUCAACGAAGAAUGAGAGAAAAAAAUCACCCCUCAAAUGGGGUUGCAUCUACGAAUAAGGCACGCGACUCCAUUCAAGGAUAAGUCGAUGCUGACGUACAAUGGCUGCGGCGGAGGCACGGUAGACACGGAGAACGGUUCUCCAGCGGACUCGCUAUUGUCCGUUGAAGGAGAACUGGCGGAGGAAGUCGGCGAUUCUCCAGGCACGUCGAGGGACACGGAGGAGGAAGCGACGCUCUCGGAUGAAUUUUAUUCCCAUGACACCGACGAGGAAGAGGAGCAAGGAAAGAAACGGCGAGAUCGAAACAAUUCCCUAGAUGGUAUUUCGUCUUCUGGAAGUGGUCUUCUUGGCUCGCCUACGUCUCGAGCAGGGACUCUAGGUGUUCGAAAAUUGUUCACGAACAGUCGUGAACGUUGGAGACAGCAGAAUGUUAGCGGAGCUUUCGCCGAGCUUCGAAAAUUAGUCCCUACACAUCCACCGGACAAGAAAUUGUCGAAGAACGAGAUCUUGCGUAUGGCGAUUAAGUACAUACAACUGCUAAGCAACGUUCUGGAAUGGCAAAAGUCGCAAGAGCGAAACGAGGGGAUGCAACACGAGGUCAGGAUAAAAUGCGAGCCCAAUCUCAACGCUCAAAAUUCAACGAGCCAUCACGGAAAAUCGACGGUAUACUUGAAGCAAGAGAAACAAAUGACCGAAAAUCACGCAUAUAAAACGAGCUUCACCGGCCAGAAACAGUUACAGCAUACGAUUUCUCACAUUGUGUGUGAUAAAAAUGGUAAUAACUUGUUAAUGAUAGCGCCUUCUGGCCAUAAUGUACCGAAUUCUGUUUGCAAAAAAAGUAUAACACCGUCAAUGACCGUUGCGCAAAAUUCUCUUACGGCGAAUCCAUUGGGCAACGGAAGUCUAACGCGACCCCCUGGUUCACGAUCUUCGAUCUUUCCAAAGUCGCCUCAGAUAAACGUACAGGUUGUAAGUAGCUCGAGUAUUUUGACUUGUUCAAGCGUGCCUGUAACGAGCAACGCAUCCACCGGAAGUGUAGCGAAUUGCGGGCAGAAGAGGGUGUUGAAGAUCGAGAAGGAGGAAGAGGAACAAAUGUCCGGGCAAGGUAGAGAUUGCAAAGGUUUGCCAUCACCGGUGCACGGUGUGCUCACUAGGAAAAGAGUGAAGGUGACGUUCAUUAAAGAGUCGAGUUCAGGGUUUCGUAACGAUUUUCGGAACGUCGAGCGGAAGUAAGGACGUAUUACGU